AUGAUAUUGUUUCAAGCAUGGUUACUUGCAUUGUACGGUCUCUAUAAAAGCAUUGCAUGUUUUGUGGAGUUGAUCGCAAAAGAAAUCAUGAGUAGCUUGCAAGUUUUUGUGGAUAAAAAAUUGCUGUUUGAUCCUACAGAGAUUGUUAUUGCCGGGUUUGAUGCAAAUGAGUUUUCGGAGUGGAAGAAUUUAAAAGGUGAUGGUUUGGUAAUCGAGAAUGCUUCCAUCCUGCAGAAGGUUGAGAUUGAUGGGAGGUACAUCGGUGAGAAGUUGCGAACCAUCUCGUUUAUGAAUUGUCCGAAUCUUGAAGAGAUCAAGUUCAUUCACCAUGAGCUGGUGGCCGUGACCAUCAAAGGGUGCCCACGGCUUCAUGAUGUGAAUUUUUACAACAAUCGGUUGAGCGAUCUUGAUGGGUUGUUAGGACAACUGGACCCGGAAAUUGUAGCAUCGAUCUGGUUGGUUGGCAAUCAGUUCAAAGCAAUUCUGGAGCCGUUUGUGAAGUUUACAGAGAUUGUUUAUCUGGGAGUUUCAGAGAAUCGGUUCUACGGUUCGUUGGAGCCGUUGCAAAAGCUGAGAAAGUUAAGUUAUUUCAUGUUUGAGAAGACCGAUAUCGAUUCGGGGUUGGAGUAUCUGGACAUAGAUCCUUGUGAUGUUUGUUGUGGUUAUGAUGAGGAUGAGAGGUACAAGGUUGUCACCAUCCAGCGUGCGCUUAACAAGUACGGGCAAUUCGAUAAUCAGGAGCUUAACAAGAAGGAAGAAAAGAAGCGGUUUAACCAUUCGAGAAAUCUAAUCAAGUGGCGUGAAGAACAUGUUAAAGCAGUUUAG